UUCUCGGUCUUUCUUGCAAAAUGGCUUAGUAUCAGCCCGUCUACUCCUAGAUGUGACCGUGUUCCCUACACACCCAAGUCCAGUGUCACAGGCUUUCUGGUUUCACCUCUGUACAAACACCGUACUUCGCCCCUAACAAGCCGCUAACACUAGCUCACAAACCCCGUCAAACCCUGACCGUUUCUUUUCUCUCGUCAGAGCAGGACGAUGUCUAAAGCUGAAGGCUGGUCUUCAGGAGGCGCGUUUUUGUUGCAUGCAGCGUGUGGCCAAAAAGGUCAUCGUUCGCCUCAUUUACAAGCACAGUCGCGGAUACCUCGGCCACACUUUCCUGACCGUUUUCCCAGUUCUGUUGAUGUCUCGCUACAUUUGUAUUGUGGGAAACUAUUGUCUUGUUGAUGUUUUCCGUGCUUCAUGCGUCGCAGUCUCUUGUUUCCGGUCUUGUGAAGCUCCGCUGGGUCUCCGACCCCAGUUUUGUCGUACGUCGUCAACUCACUGCAGCUUCAUCUCUACAUCGCACACCGUACCCUGAGUCUUGCUUUCUUUUUCUGUCCCCGUUUUCUUCCUGUCCUGGACCGUGCGUAGGCAUGCUCUUUUUGUGGCAGGCGCCGCUCCUCCAUAACGUGUUUCAUCUAGCGGGCGGCCUCCAUCUUUUUUCCCCUCAUGUCCGACUUUUCGUUGUCUUUUCUGGCCGGUUCCCACGUCUUUUCUCUCCGCAUCAGAUGCGCCUGCGCACUCCCUCUCUCUGAGCAGCAUGGCUACCACGGAGGUGCAUUUCUCCGGGGAUCCCCCGUCUCCUCCUGCACCUGCUUCAUCCGUUUCAUCCUCUUGGGAGAGCUACACAGACUUCCCCAGUUCUAACCAGUGUCGCGACGACCCCUGUCGCUCUUCAGACUCCUCUGGGACCGGCAUUGGACACCUGGAGUACUCGGCUAGAAAGCCGCCGCCUCCGCUGACAGAGGCGGAGCUGCGAUACUACGCCGCCCUUCCGCCGGUGUACCUCCAGCCGCCGAUCUACUCGUGGACACCGCCUGUUCGUACGCGGUCGAGUCCCCUGCAGUUCACUCAGCAGCGGGUCCUCUUCGACGAAGUUCACCGGAAAAUCAUCCACCAGCAAGUCGGCUGUCCUCCGGCUGCGUUGCCCAGCUCACUCGCAGCUCAGCUCGGACCCGUAGAGAGAGACCUGUCGCCUCCGUCAACGGUUUCUGAAGCGGGGGAGCCUCAGGCCUUCCCUGGUCAGGCUCCUUUCCUCCGCGCCGCAGCACAGUCUCCUGCUUCUGUGGUCGGAGGGGCGCACACACCGCAGGCCCCGGGCUCCUGCUCCUUCCUUGUCUGUGUCGACGCUCGAGAGAGCCACAGCAACCGCGAGCGAGAACCAACUGUCGUGGAUCUUGCCGACACGGCUAAGACCAAAGGCAGCGACGCUGUGAUCCCCUUCAACAAAGGCCUCGCGUCCAUUCUCCGCUUUUCUCCCUGCGGCCGCUACCUCCUCUACGUCGCUCCGCCGACACAGCCUUCGAGCUCCUCCUCGACGGGGGCUGCAGCCCCCGCGUGUGUCUCGCUGUCUCCAGGAGGCGCAGGAGCGCGGGCAGAGGCCGGCGCGGCGGCUUCUGGCACAGAGACAAGGCCUGAAGUGGGGUUGGAGACACUCCACGAGGAGGUGGAAAUCGGCGUUGUCGACACGGUCGCGCCGCAAGCCGAGCCGGUCGUCCUUCUCCCCCUAGAUGGUGCUGGAGGAGGAGAGACAGGGAAGGACAACAGGAAUGGCGGAGGCAUUCUCCAAGCCUUCUGGCUCCCGUCGCUUGUCCCUGCCGAAACGGAGGCAAACAUUUGCGUCAUUACGCGACAAGCAGUCGAGAUUUUCACGUUUGUUUUCGAGCCUCCUUCGGUCCGUCGCGUUCGUCGGCUUCCGCAGGCCUGCAGCCUCGCUUGGGCGGUUCUCUGUCCCUUUCCGAAUGCUUCAAACUCCGCGUUUCCGGCUCCUGUCUCCGGGUCGUCUGCGGCCGCUAGUCGGGCCCGGGGCCCAACGCGGUCGUGCAUCGCAGGCACUCGACGACCAGCGGUCGCCGGCGCAUUCGUCCUGGCUGUGGCGGCACGGGCGCUGCAGCCGUUUCUCCUCAAAUGGAAUGAAAAUGGAACCCCAGGAGUUACUCUCGCGAAACUGCCAAAAAUCGAGCUGAAUCUCCCCCAGUGGCAAACGCUCCAGCAACAAGAAGUCCACUUCCUCCUCGUCUACGGGGUAGUCUACUGUGUCCACGUCGACCAAGCUGCCGGGCGGAUUUCGAUGAGAACUUUGACGGGUCUCUUGCAACCUGAUAUCGUCCUGGAUUGCCUUCAACCAGGUCCGAUGGAGGUUUCUGUGGUAGACAACCUGAUUCUCGUGCAUCACCAGCGGCUGCGGUCGACGCUGAUUUUCGACAUCUGCGACUACCCCUCUCUGCCGACGGCGCCCUUCAGCGUUUCUCUCUCUUCGUCUGUCUCUUCUUCUCGGGCCGCCAAAACUGUUCGCGCCGUCACUCCACUCGUUCACCACAGCGUCGUCGGCAACGGACCGUCCCCUGCGUUUGAAGAGUCUGAGGGGCGAGUCAGCGAAGAGCACGGCGGGAGAGUCUCGCACCCGAAACGCAGUGUCUCGCAGCAACUCGACGACGUCGAGCUACAAACUGUCGACUUUGAGAAAGCCCGUUUCGUAGGCGGCGAGUUCGUCAUGGACGAGGAGGGAGGGCGCAUGUACAUCCUCGCUUUGAAUCAUGAUGUGCUCAUGCAUCUUCUGCUGCUGGAGAGGCAGUCGUUGUCCUUCGCGCUCCAAGUGAUGCAGCAGCGCAGCGGGUGUCGGCGCCAUGUGCUUCGUCUGCUUCAGCAUGCCUUCCGGCUCCACACGCCUCUCUCGGAUUUGUCGCCGGCUCUCAUGCUGGUCAACCAGCGCUAUCGAUCUGCUGUAGAAACUGUUCCUCAAGAGGAAGUUUCCUUUCCAGGGCGCAGCCGCGCGGCGGACUUCUCUCCGGACUCGAGAGGGCCGCUAAAGUACGGGGGGGCGAGCAGGCGCGACGGGAGUGCGGCCUCUGCAGCCCAACCUGCGGGUAGAGAAGCGGCGGGCAAGAGCGAGGCGGUCGGAGCUCUGGGGCGACGCGCGGGGCCCGGUGAAGCCACGGCUGCGAGGGAGGGUGCAAAGGCAAGGGAGGCGGAAUCGGCGAGCGGGAAAGGUCGGAAAACAGACGAAGGAAAAACGCGCGUUACCGUCGAACGACUCAUUGCCUGGGUCGGAGAUGCGACGAUUGUCACAGAAAGAGACAUCGUCCUCUCUGUCCUCUACCCUUACGUUGUCGAGACUCUGGACCUGCCCCCAGGUCAGCUGCUGCUCGAAGCUGCUUUCGACUUGCCUGCGGGCACCGCUUCGUCGCUGUCGUGUGCCCUCUGUCGGAAAAUUUCGUCGAGCGUUCUCCGCCCGUCUUCUGCUCUCUCUGUCCCAUGUGGUUGUCCCGGCAAGUUCUGUGGGGCGAUCUCUCGAAGCCAUGAGGGCAGGGCCUUUGUGGGGUGGCGCCGAGGCACUGGUAGCCGCAGCGGGUCCUGGGAGUCCGAAGAGCCUUCGGCGUCUCCGGCUCCGAGUGCGGUUGGAGGCGAAAGGCCUGAGACUUCCUCUGAGGACUCUGGCGCCUUCUUCAUCUCGGGCGUCACCGCGUGCUCGAGCGAAAUUCCGUAUGUCCUGAGCGCGGCCCUCGAGUACAUGCGCUUGCUUCUCAGUCAGCAGGUUCUUCCCCACCGUGUGUUGCAGACCUUCAUUUUCGACGCCUGCGUCUUCUUCAAGAGAGGCGACAUUCUCCGUCAACUCCUGCAGUACCAUGUACUUCUUGACUCGCCUGGAAUGCUGAAACGCCUGUACUUGGUUUGGCAACAGCUGCGCAUGCGCCGUCGCCGCUGCCUCGCCUGUGCCAAAGACGAACGGUGGACGAGGCAAACCUGCCUAGACAUGGCGCUUCGUCAGCGAGACUGGGGAACGAUUGUCGAGAUUCUCAUUGAACUGAAACAGUACACUCGAGUGGUGCCGCUGCUGCAGCGCUACGCCGUCAGCUACUACCCUUUGCGAGAUUUUCUUCGCGCAGUCGCAGCCGACGUCGAGGCGCAGCAAACUCACCCCGGUCUGCUUCAGCAUAUCUUGGCCUGUGUGCGGGCUUGGGUUAAGGAAGCAAGUGUGUCUGCGUCUGGCCUCGCCAUCCCGAACCUCACCGAUUGCAGUCUGUGGCUCCCCCGCGAUCUGACGGCUGUCGCGGCUCCGAAGCAGUUUCCUGCUUCCUUGCUGCAGGACUUCUCGGAAAAACACGCACCGAGGUCUACGAGCACGACUGAGCUGCCUGGCGAAGCCCGUGCGUCGCGCUGGGGCGGUGGCGAGAGUACGGAGGCGCGGGGAGGAGGGGAACAGAAGCGGGAGAGCUUCGACGGGGAUGGGGAGCAGAAGCAUUUGCAGGCAGGGGAAGCUGGAGAGACGGAUGAAGGAAAUGUCGAGCACGGAAGAGACGCUAGGGAGGAGGGAGAGAAGAAGGGGAGCGGAGACGAAAAAGUGUCGAGAGUAGAGGGAGAAGAACCGGGGAAGGGCGACUCAGAUGAGGGAUUCGGAUUCGAAGGAGACGAACGAAGGCGAGAAGCGUUGGAACACGUGGACUGGGAAGAAAUCGGAGAAGUCAGCGCCGCUAUAGUGGAAGGGAGUGAAAUUAGUGACUCAGAGCACAGUGCAGACGCAAUGUUCAGCUUUGAGUCGCACCAUCACCUCGUCGUGACAGCCCUGGGAGAUCCCCAGUAUGAUGAAGCGAGGAACGUGCACUUUUCUGCGUAAUGACACGUUGGAGGAUUCCCUAGGUGUCGUUAUCGUACAGUAUCGCUCCGCGGUUUGUCUUUCACAGUUCCUUAUCUAAGUUUAUGGUGUCUACUCAGCGCUAAACUGUCUGUUUCAAAGUUAAAACGAACGACUGGAUUUUCUUCAUCAGUCGUCAAACCCCGAGUCAAAGCCAGGGGUGUGGCAAAAGUGCAACAUGGGCCGAAAUCGGUGUCCUUUAAGUCCGGUCCUGCUGCGUAGAUCUCUGGAUAUGAUUUAAAGGUGGAUUUUCUCAUGCCAAAUCGAAGGUGUCUAUGUAGCUGAGACAAGGAUGUUAUGUCUCAUCAGACGGGGGAUCACAUUACAAUUUGUUCAUCCACGAGAUGUUCAACAAUGUCUUUAGCGUAGUUUGUUGCUUUGUGGCGCACGCAGAAAUAAACUUCGCUAGCCUCCCAGAUCAACACAGCAGACAUACGACGAUGCCUUCUGU